AGAGCAAGGAGCUGCUUGUUGUGAUCGGCAUUCGUAGAAGAUACAUCAAAGAAAUGGAAAUACCUAGCUGUAACUGAAGCAUCACUCUUCCUCGUAAUUUUUCAUCCGAUUCAUUUUCGCGUGACAAUAUCUUCAAGGCCCAUCAACCAUUGAUCAAGAACAACAUGGCGAAGCAGAGUGCAGGAGCAGUGCAAUGGCUGCACUCUGGCGAACCACAUGCUGCAAAAAAUCCGGAGCAGAGCCAGGAUGUGCAGCCAAGCAAUUUUUUGUCGAACAAUUUCCACUGGAUUCUCGGCUCUGCGUCCUCUUCACGCCGUGCCUUUUUCGAAAAAUUUUUCGGCAGCACCGCUUUUCACGCGGCCGAUAUCGACGAAAAAGCGAUCCGCGACCCCAGUCCGGAAAUUUUGACGCAGAAGCUUGCCAGGACAAAGGCAGAGAAAAUCAUUCGCGAUCUGACAACCGAUAAGGACAACAACCACAAGGCUUCUCGCCUGUUUAGUCAAAUUGAGGAAGGAGGUGUAGAAAUUGGAGCAACACGGCCUACCGCCCUCCUCACGCUAGAUCAAGUGGUCCGGUUCCGUAAUGAAAUCCGCGAAAAGCCCCGCGAUCUGGCGGAGGCAAGGAAAUUUUUGGAGUCCUACAAGCUAUGCACUGGCACUGCGAAAGUAUCGCACUCGUAUUAGUCGCAUUCAUGCAUUACAGAGCCCUAUUGCAAGCUAAACCAGCACGACAAAUUCCAUUUCUAAUGCUAAGGAAAUUUGUAUAUGCAAUUUAUACUAGCGCGACCGCGAUAGGAUACUUUUGCAAUGCAUACAAGCAAUACCCGGACGAUUGGAUCGAGUGUGUGAAUGGCUUCUGUUAUCGCCAGAAAAAAGUGUUACAGUUACACAUUGUCAUGCAAGACUGGCAACAGAGACAACCUUUCUCAUGCAGGAAAUGCUUGGGAACCUCGUUUCCUUCCUGUUUUCCCUUAUGAUCUUCGCAUUACAAGUUUUCCCUGCCACACAGAGAAAAUUUGUGAUGCAGAAACUCCAACAAAUGUGUAACUGUAACACUUUUUUCUCGUGAUAUCUGUGUGUCGGUCUUUAUUGAUGUACCUGGUUGUUCAUCUUCACCCUCAUCUUCCCAGAAGGACGAGACAGAGGCAGACCAGAAGUUCCUGCAUGAACAACAGCAGAACUCAACACUUUUGUUCCGGUCCAGGGCGCACGGCUACCGUUGGACGUCCCUGCAUUCGUCUGACAUCAGCCGAGUGCGCAGAUUACCAUUGUCAGACGAGAAAAUCAAUUCUCUCUUGGCUUUGACCGACGCAAAGACUCUGCAGCCCCUGAUCCUGCAGUCCGCCGGCGGGUUCCUUUUGGAAGAAAUCUGUCGUGGGGGGCUUGGGACAGACAUUGAAUUUUCCACCCUAGACGAGCAAUAUUUCGGCGACCCGACGCUGGGAAUCCGGGGCCUGCCGGUCCGGGCGAUCGAGAACCUCGUGAGAGGUUUCUUUUCGACUACACCAGUUGGUACAAAAAUCACCCACGUGCUUUUCGACAUGGACGGAUUGCUACUGAACAUAUGGGAGUGUCAGGAUCGAAAUCGACAAAGUCGAAAAAUUUGCAAUGCAUAAAAUGUAGGGCACAUAUGGCCUGUAUUGGGGAGCAGGCAAAUGAGAGCGAUUGCAAGCCUGUUUAAGGAAGACGAUGCGCUGUCGAAGUAGCAUGACAGGAGCAGUCUUCUUUGCCAAAACAGCAUGACAGGCUGGAUUUUGUUGCUCCCGAAAUUUGUCAUGCACUACUUGGAAACUAAGGCUACAACUGGUAUUGAUUUUAUGCAUCACAAAUUAUUUCGAUUUUGUUGAUUUCGGUCCUGACGCUUGCAUAGAACACGGAGGACAUCUACAAACAAGCCACGAUCCAGCUGUGCCGGGAGAAGUACAACAAGGAAUACACGCACCGGAUCCGAGAAAAGAUGAUCGGCAGACGAGCUUUACCCGCGGCCGAAAUUGCGGUCCGGGAGUUGGGCUUGGAGGAUGUGCUCUCGCCGGAACAGUUUAUCAAGGAAAGAGGCGAUAUGGAUGCGUCAGAGUUGAAAUCGACAAAGUUGAGAUAACUUGUAUAUGCAUAAAAUCUAUACAAGCUUGAAGAUGAAGCCCAAUUUUUAAGCGACGUAUGACAAAUUUGAGUAGAGCCGAGACCCAGUUUGUCAUGCUGUUUAGAUGAGAAAGACGCCUUUUGUCAUGCUACUUUCGCAGCUCUAUUUCUACCCCGAAACUACAGGCUUACAAUCUGCCUCCCUUGCCUGAUCUUGCCUGCGUUGCAUUUUAUGCAUGACAGACUAUUUCAACUUUGACGAUUUCAAUCCUGACAGUUCCAUAGGCGAGCUCAUGGAUGAGAAAAUGAAAGAGGCGGACUUUCUGCCUGGUGCGAAAGAACUGCUGUAUAGAUUACAGCGCUUCAAGAUACCACUCGCGUUGGCAGUAUGCGAGAUGAGCACAGUUGAACGAAGACGAUGAAGAACCACUUACUUCUCGCACUGCCCGCUUCGGGUUUCUUCCGCCCUUUGUUUUCCAGACCACAUUCACAAGUUUGAGCUAGGCAAAAGCCAAAGCAUGAAUUAUAAAGGACAGCAAUAUUAGCUGUGGCAGAGAUCAAUAGUACCCUCUGCAAGUGCAUCAAGGUAAGAGUAAGUCUUUCACAAGCAUAAAGCGCGCACUUUACAACUACUGCACGGGCUUAUAAUCUGCACCGUGCGCCGGCUCUCCUCUAUAUUGCCAAGAAAUGAUAUCAAAUAUGCGAAUGCGUUGCAGUCGUUCAUCGUUAUUUGUGCACUCUCAUAGCCGACCUCCAGCAGCCGACCGCUUAUGAUGAUCAAAACGACGAAGGUGCGCGCGGUCUUCGACGAGGUAUAGUCUUUUGUGUACUAAAGAUGCUGAAGAUGCAGGAUGACCACCUGCAUGAACGUAGAUAAAAUCGUCUCUCCCGCCUCGCAAACUUACUUUCUUCUGAUGAACCUCCAACGGUCUCGUUCGCACUCAAUCAGAUUUUCGGUUCCAACAUUAUCUGCGGCGACGAGCUUGAUGGCAAGGGAAAGCCCGAGCCCGAAAUCUUCCAGAAGGCGUUAAAAAUGAUCUCAAGACCGGGAGAGGAAGUCAGCCCAGCCAACGUGCUUGUCUUCGAGGACGCUCCAACCGGGGUGGACGCGGCCCUGGCUGCUGGCAUGAAGGUGUGUAUGGUUCCGGAUGUAGAAUUGUCGGUGGGGUUGCGGGGAAAGGCUACGAUGGAGCUCAGGAGUCUGGAGCACUUGGACAUCGAGCAACUGGUGACGUAGACGACCUAGACACCAAAAAUAGGCUGUCGGAGGUGAUGAAGCCAGAGAUAACUUGUGUAAGCACAGAUGAAGCUGCAAGGAAACCACGACACAAAGAAAGUUUGAUUAUGCUUACGCGCAUGCUUCGCAUCUCGCAGCUUUUUUCCUGUGCUCCGAUUCUUGUACAGCGGAUGAUCUUCUUUCUCUCGGAACUCUUGGC